UUCAUUAUUUGACAUUAAUAAUAAUCAAAACACUAUUGUAAAUGGACAAUAAUUCUUAUGAAAAACUAAUUAAUACUAUUUUCACUGGCGCGUUAUAUACAUUAAACGAAGCAAUAGAUAAAGAAGAAUUUAUUAACAAAGUUCAAUAUAACUCAGCUUAUGAAAAAUUAAAUGAGCGAAAUUUAAAUACUACUGGCACAUUAACAAAUCUUAAAGAUCGAUUACGCCGGUAUAUUAGAAACGAAUUACUUGAAUCAGAUUACGCUACUAUUUCUGAAAUUCCAAGUACUAGCAAACAAUUUUCCUUUUGUGAAACAACAAAUUUAAAAUCUAAUAAAAAUACUAUCUAUAAUUCGAGUCCUAUACAAAUUCAGCAUAAUAACAAUAUGUCGGAAAGAGUACCUUUUUGUAAACCACAAAAAUUCUCUGGGUCAAUACAUGAAAAUAUAAACACAUUUUUAAAUAAAUAUAAUAAAGCUGGUGAUAUAAAUGGCUGGUCUGACGAACAGAAAAAAUCAUUCUUAGCUAUUUAUCUUGAUGAAACAGCAUCAAUAUUUCUUGAUAAUUUCGAUUUUUGUAAUUCUAUUGCUUCUUGGUCAGAAGUACAACAAGCCCUUUUAUCUGAAUUUCAACUAGUUACUCAAACUCAUAUGCUUAGAACAUUGUUAGCUAAAAGACGUCAACUUCCUGACGAAUCUCUAGUUAGUUAUUUGAAUGAUGUUCAGAAUUUAUGUAAAAAAAUAGAUCCUAAAAUGUCUCAAUCUGAAUUAGUACAUGCGGUAAUGAAAGGUCUACAACCAAAGGUAGCACGAUAUGUAGGAAUUUUAGACAACAAAACCUUAGACGAACUAUAACAAAACAUUCGCAAAUAUGAAUCUGUAGAAUUUAUGAUUGAAGGUAUUACUACACAAUCCUCUCAUGAAAUAAAAAAAGAAAUAGCAAAUGAAAAUUUAUUUAACAUUAAUGAUAACACUCAAAAUCAGUUAAAUACAUUAUUGUCACAAAUUUCCAGAAUAGAAAAAAUGAUUUAUAAUGCCAAUAUUUCACAAAACAGACAUUAUUAUAACAAAAAUUUGAACGCCAAUAAUUACAAUUAUGCUUUAAAUAAUCAAAGAG